ACUCUACCAACUACAUCUCACUUCUACUUGUCCCUACUAUUACUGGCCCCUUCUUGAAGCUCCCGCCACACUUCGUCACUCUGAAUACAAACUUGAUUUUGGACGUGCAACUAUGGGGUCGCAAAGCGCUGAAGACUUUCUCACUAAACAAAUAUUUAUUGAAGGAAACAUUAUCACAUAUCGCUCUCUCAGUCGCCAAGUUUCUCUCCACGUGAAUGCCGCGAAAAACGCCCUUGCUACAUUUCAUAAGAAGGGUAGGAAGGAGGGCGAACGUGAAGCCUCUGCGACAUACCUAGUCAGCGGAAAGGUGCAACUAGAUACCCAAGAACCUGACACAAUGAUAACGAAUGUGGACAUGGGUGAAGAAAAUAUACAGUAUGAUGAUGAUGGAGCAGAAGAGGCUCCAUUGAUUGAGGUUGUUCUUGUUGGCGAAAAGGACUUGGAACUGACGAAAUCUAAAUUCUCUACGAUUUACAGUAUCCAUAUCUAUAGUUUAUCCCCUGCACCUAUAAUCGACCUGGGCCUUAUAUGUGGCCCUAAUGAAAUUGUGCGGGACAUCGACAACAAGAAGGGAACUGAAAUGGCAGCCAUAACGGGCAAGAUUGUCGGGAACGUCAAAGAAGGAAAAGGAAAACCCUAUGUACAAAUUCCUCCACCACCGCCUGCGGCAACUACCAGUACUGUUUCGGGUCCAAAAUCUUCCGAAUCUGUAUCUACUGAAAGUAAUUCUAUCACGAGGAAGAGCACAUCGACUUUCGAGAAACCUAAACGAAGUGACUUUUUUGCCAAAGCCAAGCCAAAAGAGGUGGUCAAGAAGGAGAAGAGUACCAAAGAAGAAUCCAGCAACUCGAAGGCGAAGAUUACCGCUGCUACAUCCAAAAUCUCCGAACCUGAAGAGAAGUUAUCCAACGUCGGCCGGGAGCAUAAACGGGAAUUCCCUCCAGAAUCAAAGGAAGACAAAAUCAAGGCUUCGAGUACCAAAGGCAAAGCUCCUGCGAAUCAUCGGACUGGUCACAAACGAAAAUCGCCCGAUUCUGAGACUGAAAUCGGAAGUCCUUCAGUCACGGUCAAGAAGAACGUGAUUAUUAGCGAUGAGGAAGAAGAUCAAUCGACACCGAAAGUAGAACAUCCUAAGGGUAGAAAUAAGGGCAAGCAAGCUAUGAGAGGGUCAGAUGAAGAUGUUUUAAAAAUGAUGGAUGUCGACGAUGAUCAAGUCAUCCGCGUCUCGCAUUCCAGGGCAUCUCCAGACUUAAACACGGCUGUGGGUUCUGAGACCGAGGAUGUAGAGAUGCAGGACCAUACACAACAUAGCAAACCCGCUCCUCAAAUCAAGAAAAAGGCGACGAAAGUGAAGACGAUUGUGCCCAUUGGUAGGAAUGGCUUGAGGAAGAAACGUGUCAUGAAGAGCAAGAUGACCGUAGAUGAGAAAGGUUACAUGGUAACUGAAGACUAUAGUGCCUACGAGUCUGUUGAGGAAGGGGCGCCUGAUUCUGAGCCCGCGAAAGGCAAAGGCAAACCGCGUAAGGACACAGCUGGUGGCACGAACAAGUCAAAUAAGAUGGAGACACCACGCUCGAGAAAAGUGAAGGACGAAGAAGAGGAGAAGGUAGUGCAAGAGGAUAUUGAGACUCCUUCCACCAACUUAAAACCUGCUCCGAAGCCAAAACUGAAGACUUCAACUUCGACCAGCAGUAAAGGGUCUGGUGCUAGUACCAGUCAGAAGAAUAUAGCUUCGUUUUUCGGGAAAUCAAAAGGCAGCAAGUAAAUAUUGCGUAUACAGUAUGUACUGUUCCAGAUCGUUACUAUGUCACAGUAUCAUUAUCUACUCUCUCUGGACUCAGGCGACCGGCAUAACCGUGUUGAGCCCUGUUGGCGUUGAUUUUUGUUAAAAUUUUAUCAUGCUAUGUACGGUCCUACGG